AUGAGGAUGAGGACGAAGGAGGACAGUCCGCCAUCUGUCUGCCAAGUGGUCACUUCACUGCUGCUCUCGAUGGAGGCCGGUCUGGAGCUGGAUGUCUUGAUUUACCCCAACGAGGUGAGGAUCGCCACCCCCGAGGACCUUAGAGAGUGGGAGCUGGAAACGGCCAGUCAGGUGUCUCUACCUGUCUGCCCUCGGCUCUUUGUGGCGCUCUAUCCUUACAACCCCGCGGCGAUGUCGCCCAACCCUGACACGGCGGCCGAGGAGCUGCCUUUUGUGCCCGGACAGAUCAUCAAGGUGUUUGGAGACAAAGACUGCGACGGGUUCUAUCGUGGCGAAUCGGGCGGCCUCUCGGGCUACGUUCCUAGUAACUUGGUGGCUGAAAUCCCCGUGGAUGACGAGUAUCUGAAGCAUUUACUCAUGCAGCAGGGCUUCAUCCCUGUCGAUCAAACAGGAAUGUCUUUGACCCCCGAUGUGAGCGAGGUGUCCAGCGUUCCCGAAGACGUGAUUGUACGCAGAAUGGUGGCCUUAUUUGACUACGACCCCUGGGAAAGUUCACCUAAUGUGGACAGUGAAGAUGAACUCGGCUUUCGUUCGGGUGACAUCAUAUAUGUUCUCGGAGCCAUGGAUCCGGAUGGAUUCUACUACGGCGAUCUGCGAGGGAGACGAGGUUUGGUCCCGUCUAAUUUCCUACAGCCUCUACCUUGGGAUUAGAAUAUAACCUUGUUUUCUAACUAACACACAUCGAGAUACACAACACCAUUUUAUAUCCAAAUAUUCUGUGUUUAAUUGCAGUGGCUAAUUUAUUCUAAAUGAUCGAACUAAUUUGAAUCUACUCAGUGCGAACCACACGAUGAUGAGUAAAAACACAACAGUUAAAUACAGAAAUCAUUCUUUAAAAGGGCUCCAAAUUAUAUUAAAAAAAAAACACAUUGCAAAAAUGUCAUCAAAAACACAACACAGAAUAGCUUUUAUACACUUUUAUACAUUUUCUAUUUUGGCUUCUGUUUUUAUAAAGCUGUUACCUUGUGAGAUUUGUUGCAAUUUUAUAUAUGAGGAGAAAAACACAGAUGGUAAAUAAAUAUAGAAAAUGAUUGGGUUCAAUCUUGAUUUUUUUGUAUUAUAUAUUUCAAUAUUUGAAAUAUAGUUUAAAAUAGUUAAUGAAAGAAAUAUAUGAGGUUUGAAAUCGAAUGUGAUGAUGUCGCUCCUCUGCAGCCAACAGUCUAGUCAUCCAUAAAGUAGGAAACACUACACUGUACAGUAAUGUUUAGUAGUGCUUUCUACUUUAUGGCCGACAACACUGAACAUCAGCUUCUCAAUGCUCCUCUCAUCAUAGGACAACCUAUACAAUACAUACUGUAUAUCCGAUAAUAGUUAGCAUUGACAAUUAUAUCAACAAUAGGUUGUCUUGCUUGUCAAGGUCUUACCAGCGUUGGGCCUCCCCAGGAGAAAGAAAGCAAGAAGUGAACCAGAUCUUUUUAUGAACUCUGUUUGUGCCACGUGCUUCACACAGGAAAUGCUCUAGCAGUCACACACUCGCUCGCACACCAACUACACAACACACAUAUUUCAUAAAACGGUCAGACGUUGCUAAUUUGUGUGUGUAGUUUUUGUGUAGUUGCACAAAUGUACACGCCACACAUGAAUGUGUCACGCCAAGUGUGAGCUCAUUCCUUUUUAGGACAAACGGUCGUUGCGUUUCAGUCUCGUGCUAAAGCAGCUAAAUGCAAGGCUUCGAUGGUUUUUGACUGAAGAAUCCGAAUUCUUUAUUGUAUUUUAUACUUAAAUGCAUAGUUGGGAUUUUUUAGUAGUACAUCAACGGUGAUUUACCCCUCCACUUCACCCCGUAGUAGUUCCGCUUAGUUGCUGUGGCCACUUAAAUAAAGAGUUUGGCCUCUCACGACAAUAUGCGUUCAAAAGAGUAAUCACAAAAAUGCAUUUUUGUUUUUGAAGAGGCGUAUGUUUUACUCUUUUGUAUGUAUUACAGUUUUGAAUGCUCCAGAGCAGAGGUAGGGAACCUAUGGCUCGGGAGCCAGGUAGGGCUCUUUUGAUGACUGUAUCUGGCUCUCAAGCAUUUCUUACCACAAUAAAAAUGCAUUUUUGCUAACAUUUUAAAGUAAACAUCACAGAAAUGACUGUUAAAAAUAAUAUUAAAAAUCAACAACUUUCUUAUGCAUUUUAAUUCGUCCAUCUAUAUUCUACUGCAAUACGGCCAACCAUAUCUAUCUUUCUUGAUGAUAUUUUCCAGGUCAAACACCAAAACUUGAUUAUUACUGGGUAAUGCGGUAGUCUACCUCGGUCAUUGAGAUGUCAAAAAAACAUGUAAAUGUAAACUUUCCUCCUUUAGUCAAAUAGCUAAAGCUGCAGAACCAAGAUGGAGAUGGCCAAAAGAAUGAAAUAUGUGUACUGAAUACGGUUCAUGCAGCAGCAGAAGUUGCAUUAAUGGCAGCAAGUAUUUGAUUUAUUAUUUGACACUGCGCUGCUCACGAAAGUGUGCUGGCCACACCCCAUUGGCGUGGGGUAGUGUGCCUGGUCUACGUAAUUAGAGCCCAUUAUAUCUAAAACUGUUGGUCUUACAUAAAAAUGCACACAUUUUAUUGCAUUCAAAAUGUAUAUGGCUCUCACAGAUACACAUUUUAAAAUAUCUGGCCUUCAUGGCUCUCUUAGCCAAAAAGGUUCCCGACCCCUGCUCCAGAGCAAGUCACUGUUGGUAUAUACGUAUAUACACUGGUACUACACUGCUGAUGGGGAUGUUUAUGUCAAAAAAUGAUCCAAAUCCAAAUUGUCCCUCAAAUACUGAGUAGUGAUUAAACUACAUUAAACUAUUUUAACAUGAUCGCAGUAUUGGAGUAAUUUUGGGGGGUAAACAAACACUCCACAUGGCACAAAUACUCCAGAGACCGUGCAAGACCUGAGUUCAACAAACUUCAAAAGAUUAACGCAAGCAUUUUUCUGUUUUGGGAGAAGAACAUGAAGUGGACUCACGUUCAAAGCAGUAAAACUCGAGCAUCACCGUACGUGUUGUUGUUUACGUUAGCUUCUUGCUACUCUUCUCUGACAUAAGAAUAUUGAACAAUGACAACAGUCCUGAUUGUGUUAACAGAAUGUUCAUAAAGCGUUUAUGUUGUGGACAGUUUGACCCUGGAAUGGACUUCAUAUUAUUUCAAGGUCUGGUCAAUGAUGAAAAUGUUUAAUCAGAUUAAUCACCUUUUUCAAAUUAAUUAAUCAUGAUAUGCCCAUUUUACUGUUUUAUUCAACUUAAGACAACUUAAGACAACAAGUAAUUUAAGUUGAAGUCACAUGUUUUAGUGUAUUUUCAGGGAUUUCUAAACACACUUAAGUGCUGAUGAGAAUAUCCACUUAUUGUUCUUCCUUGUCAUUCUGUUUAUGUACAGAAAAUCACAUACACACGUAAUAUAGUUAGUGUUGUGAUUUUCAGACUUUGGUGUGCCGGUGAAUGUGGCAGCCUCCUUAGGAUGAGUGGAUAAAUGUAUUAACGAGUUGAAAAUACAUAUUUGAUGUUGGAAUCGAUGCUGUUGAUGUGUUCAGGCCAGACAAAAAGCUAUCAAAGACCCCAUAAUGAGCAUACGAUUGAAAAAAAAUUCAUUCAUUAAUUUGCAAAUUAUUUUCAUUUUCUUUUGUUACUCCCUAUACAAUUCUGCCUAGCAACAACAAUCCAGCAGGAAAGCUGCUGUGUCAAUUGAUUUGUGUUGUAAAGUUAUAAUACUGUAAGCGGUAAUUGUUAGUAAUUUUGUGGUAAUUUUAGUAUGUUCUACAGCAGGGGUGCUCAUUAAGUCGAUCGCGAGCUACCGGUCGAUCGCUGGUCGAUCGCGGCGUGACAUUAAAAAAAUAUCAUCCCAGCAUCAAUGCCGUCACUUGAUUGAUAUACAGGGCAGCCAUUCAGAUGACAACUGAAUGUUGCCCUUCGGGCGACCAAUCAAAUCACAACGUCUCUAAGUGCAGCAGAACUUACGAUGUCAGCCUAUCAUCCAGCCCCGUUACUUGAUUGACAUACAGGACAACCAAUCAGAUGACAACUGAAUUUUGACCUUUAGGUCACCGCGUAAACAACGAUGCAAAGUGCUAAGCUAGUCGGCGAAUUGCGAGAUUUUAAGCCCUCGCUAAAGUUUAUGGUCACUAAAAUGAGUGAAGGAGCAGGACCAAGUAAAAAGGCAAAAACUGGACCAAGUAAAAAGGCAAAAAACAUAUCACUUCCAUACGGAUAUGGAAUAUUAUACGGAUAUUAUGAUACGGAUAUUAUCCAUGACUGAUAAACAUUUGGAAGUGUGCUUGAGGCUGGCUAUCAGCAGCUACUGUCCGGACUAUGCAUCCCUGGCUGGUUCAAUUCAGUGCAAGUCAUCAAAGUAAACUCAGUGUUCAGGGCGUGUGCACCAGGAGUAACAAGAGGAGCAGUGCGCCGCUGACCCCAGCAACAUGGCCUCCGGAGUGAUACACCUGCCUUCCGUUCAAAGGCUGCACUGGUCUGAAGGUGUUCACCAUUGGCCUCCCACUGGAGAACUCAAGCUGGGAGAACGCAGCCAGCUGUCAGACAGAACGCCAACACAGGAGGUAAGCGGCUGUUUCAUGCGCGUUGUGGAUUUGUAUCCGUGUAUCGAGUCAACCUGCCGCCUGCUGAGCGAGAUGGCGUUCUCAAACAGCGUCCACACGACAGCCUCGGCACAGUUGGGUGUGGUGAGGGAGCCGCUGUAGCGAAAAUACGCAGUCAUAUUGGCCUGAGGGGCGAUGAACAUCUGCAAGGACACGCCCUUCAGGGUGGUUUUGUUGGCUGGUUGUAGAAAAUAUUAACAAGACUAUUAUUACUAAACAACAAGGUCCAAGGUGUUUGCUGUGUUUCUUUCACUUUGAUUUAUUGCAUGCAAGGAGACAGCGUACGCUCUUAUCUCUUUAACAAAUUGCACUUUAGCCCAACACCGCACCAAACACCCUGCUAUGUGUGAGCACAUGUAACUUACAUGGUUGCGUGAUUUUCGUCAGAGCGUUUAUUAGAGGAGCAAAUUUCCUGUUGGGGGAACUUGAUUCCUGAACGGGGACAAAAGCAAAAAAAGACAUUUUUGUUGUGACGAAUUGAAACAUAUGCUCCGUGGUGUUUCUGAAGACUCUGUUAAAGAGCCAUUUUAUUUGUCUUUGGUUGUUUAUCAGUCCCACUUUUUUUUUGCCCAGAACGUCACCUGAAAGAAAAAUCCAAGAACAGCAAGGCCUGUUCGAUCCAUCACGGCCUGCGAAAUGGAACUGUAUUGUUCUUUGAUGUGCACAAUGUGCAUCUGUGGACAAGAGAAAGAUGUUUUGGUCAUACAUAUCGUAUAUAUAUUUGGUAAGAACGUCCACUGCAGUACCUCCAGUGGAUAUCGUUCUCCAUCAAUGGUGUGUUCACAGCCCGGACCUCCAUCUCUGCCCCAGUGGAAGUGGAGCUGAACUGCAUUGUAUGUUCUGGCGAGAUUACCUCCUUUGAUUUUUAUACUGGAAGGUAAAUCCAAUUGAACUGGAAUAAAGACAACAGAAGAAUCUGUAAAAGCAUCUACCCAGGAUUCUACUUUCUACUUCCUACUUCCUACGUUCAUCAGCAGUUGACAGCAGCGGUAAUUGCCUUAUGACUAUUUUACAAGCAGCUUCCCUUCGUCAAGACCAUUUUAAUCAUUCACAGACUGAAAACUACAAAGAAAUACUUUCAUAUAAUACUGUAUUAAUCCCAAAGUAAUACAGUAUUUAUCCUGAAGAAUAUUAGAAGGGCCACACUAAAAAGAAAAACUACUACAAUAAAAUUGAAAAAUUGUGGGAAUAAUUAUAAGGUCUCUUCAGGUCUAAUUAUAAGGUCUAAAUUGCAACAUUGAUACUGUAUCUCCAUAUAUAGAUUUUAAUCAGGAAUAGAAUAAUAAUAAAAACAUUUUGCAAUAUUGUAGCUUAUUACUCAAUAAAAAUACUUCUUGAAAAGAAAUUGCUUUAGGAAUUUUCUUUAAAAGUUUAGACUAUUAUUUGUAAUUUUUUUUUUUUUUCAAAUGUGGCCUUUUGUGGAAAAUGUCUCAAAAUAUUGUGACUCUUUCAUCAAUAAUAAAACAUUGUUAUUGAAAUAAUAUAUUAUUUUUUAAUUUAAAAGAUCAUUUUAUUUUAUGAAUCUGUUUUUUUUUUUUUUUUGAAUUUAGAUUUCUU